AUGGCCAAACGCACCAAGAAGGUCAAUCAAAUCGCUGGUUAAUAUGGGACCCACUAUGGUGCUUCCUUGUGGAAAACAGUGAUGAAAACUGAAAUCAGCCAACACACCAAGUAUACCUGCUCCUUCUGUGGCAAGAUCGAGACACAGGGACGGGCUGUGGGGAUCUGGCACUGUGUUUCUUGCAUGAAAACAGUGGCUGGUGGUGCCUGGACCUACGAAACCACUUCUGUGGCCAAAGUCAAGCCUGCCAUCUGGAGACUGAAGGAACUGAAAAACUAGGAGAAGCGCUAUGAGUUGACACAUCCCUAGUCUAUAAUAAAUGGAUAAAUUUAUGUAAAAUUAGCUGAGUUUUUCAUCAUAUGAACACAUUUUUGACAGAAUAAGCAAAUCUGCAUUUCACAGCUACACUUUCCUUCAGUUUGAACACCAUCUCCGAGGAUUUAUCAAAGCUCUCCUGUCCAGCUGUCCCGACGGCAGCUCCAAGUCCCACAGCACCUCUAUGCAUUCUUCUAAAACUUUCCUGUGGCCAGCCACUCCAUCACCAUCUGCUUUAAUCUCCAAGUGUCAUGUCUCCUUUAGCUUAGUGAAAAACAAAAUCUAGUGCUGGAUGUUUUGUUGAAUUUAAUUUAAUUAUGACAUUUUAUUGCUGUGCUAUUUGCUACAUCAAACCAUAAACAGCUUCUCAUAUAGCAUGCAAACAGGGCAUGUAACUACAUACAACCAACUGUAUGUUAAUAACAGUAAUAACUGCUGAAUGAUCACAAAGCAAUGUUUAAGCAUUUUAGAUCCUAUCAAGAUAUUCUUGGGCCGGGGAUUUAGCUCAGUGGUUCUGUCGCUUGCCUUA